AAAGCUUUCUGCGCAUGAAUGCAUGACUGAUCCCUAGAGAGAAAGCCGGCCUUUGAUGGAAGAAGAGUCCUGAGCUCUGGCCACCUCGCUAUGCAAGCAAGCUACUCGCAUAAAGUCCAAGAGAGACGCGGCACAACGUGCCCAUCAUCAACACCAACCAACCAACGGCGACGCACACCGCUGCUCCAGUCCAGAAUCAUCCCCUCGCGGGUCGCUGCUCCACCUCAUCCUCCACCUUUCCCGCGCCUGCGCUCUAGCUUCGUCGCCCGAGUUUUUUCAUUCACUCGCGCCAUGGACGCCGCCACCUCGGUGCAGCGACGGCGGUGGCUGCCGUGGGCGCGGCGCCAGGCGGCCGCGUACCUGGCGGCGGCCGGGGGAGGCGGCGGCGACGGGCUGGUGGCGACGGCGGUGUCCGCGGUGCGGGUCGUGGCGUGCUUCCUGGCCAUGAUGGUGACCACGGCGGUGUGGGCGGUGGUGAUGCUGCUGCUCCUGCCGUGGCCCUGCGAGCGCAUCCGCCAGAGCAACGUCUACGGCCACGUCACCGGGCGCAUGCUGCUGUGGAUCCUGGGGAACCCAAUCAAAGUGGAAGGCUUGGAGCACCUCCGCGCGAGGGGAAUCUUCAUCUGCAACCACGCCUCGCCGCUGGACAUCUUCCUCGUCAUGGGGCUUGCCCCCACCGGCACCGUCGGGAUCGCCAAAAAGGAGAUCAUCUGGUUCGGGCAGCUCUACGUGCUGGCCAACCACCUGCGCAUCGACCGCUCCAACCCUGCCGCCGCCAUCGAGUCCAUGAAACAGGUUGCUCGUGAAGUGGUCAAGAACAACCUGUCGCUCAUCUUGUUCCCGGAGGGCACACGAUCGAGAGACGGAAGGCUGCUUCCCUUCAAGAAGGGGUUCGUGCCCGCCGCCCUGCAGACGAGGCUGCCCAUCGUGCCGAUCGUGGUGACCGGGACGCACCAGGCGUGGAGGACCAACAGCGUGCAGGUGCGCCCGGUGCCGCUCACCGUGAAGGUCCUGCCGCCGAUCAGUACCGACGGCUGGGAGGAAGGCCGGAUCAGCGAGCACCUGGAAACGGUGCGGUCGCUCUACGUCGGCAACCUCCCCGACGCGCAGAAGCCCCUGGACGCUCUGUCGGCCAGGAACGCUAGCUAGCUGCUCACACUCACAGUUCACACGCACUGAUUGUUGAUUUCCAAGAACAUAGGUUACCUGUUGUCGUGUGUCUGUAAAUUGAGAUAGUAUCUCUGCAGACAUGGGUUUCGAUUUCGAUCUGUUACUACACAGGAAAAACAGCACUGCAGCAGCACCACUUUGUUUGCCAAGACAUGUACAACAGUAGAAACCCUAUACAAUUGAAAGGAGAACAGUGAAUGUCA